AUGCCCCUCAUCAAGACCACUGAAGUCAACGAGGACAGUCGUGUCCUCGGAUACGACCCAUUGCUGUCACCCUACUUCUUGCAGACUGAGAUCCCUGCGCCUGCUCGUGCCAUCGAAACAGUCCGCGCCGGCCGGAAUCAAGCAAUUGAGAUCAUCGAGCAGCGUGAUGACCGCCUGCUAGUCGUGGUCGGACCAUGCUCCAUCCACGACCCAGACACCGCACUUGAGUACGCCCGCCGGCUGAAGGAGCUUUCCGUAAAACUGGAGAAGGAUCUCUGCGUGAUCAUGCGCGCCUACCUGGAAAAGCCCCGCACAACGGUCGGCUGGAAGGGUUUGAUCAACGACCCCGACAUCGACGAGACCUUCAACAUCAACAAGGGUCUGCGCGUGUCCCGUAAGCUGUACACCGAUCUGACGAGCACGGGUCUGCCCAUUGCCUCAGAGAUGCUAGAUACCAUCUCCCCACAGUAUCUGGCAGAUUUGAUUUCGCUCGGCGCGAUCGGCGCCCGCACCACCGAGUCUCAGCUGCACCGCGAGCUCGCCUCGGGCCUGUCCUUCCCCAUCGGCUACAAGAACGGCACCGAUGGCAACCUGACCGUUGCCGUGGAUGCCAUCGGCGCCGCCUCGCACCCCCACCGCUUCCUCGGUGUCACCAAGCAGGGUCUGGCUGCCAUCACCAAGACCUCCGGCAACGAGCACGGCUUCGUCAUCCUGCGCGGUGGAAACAGGGGCACCAACUAUGACCGCGACAGCAUCCGCACUGCCCGUGAGGCUCUCCGCUCCAAGAAGAAGCGCGAGGUCCUCAUGGUCGACUGCUCGCACGGUAACUCCAACAAGAACCACCUCAACCAGCCCGUCGUCGCCAAGGCUGUCUCUGAACAGCUCCGUGAGGGCGAGACUGCCAUCAUUGGUGUCAUGAUCGAGUCCAACAUCUACGAGGGUAACCAGAAGGUUCCCCCCGAGGGACCCGAGGGUCUCCUCCGCGGUGUCAGCAUCACUGAUGCUUGCAUCAACUGGGAGAUGACGGUUGAGGUGCUCGAGGAUCUCGCCGAUGGUGUUCGUGCUCGUCGUGCUGCCAAGAAAGCGCAGCAAUAG